AUGUAUCUUCGAUAUGGUAUUAUUGCCUCGGUGUCAUUAAUUGCAUCUACCGCUCACGCCGCAGAUAAACAAGUCGCUCAAAUUGUCGACUCGACCAAUUUUUGCGUGUUCUUGCCACCCACCGAUUCCAGCGAUCGCAACAUUGCCGAUACCGAAUGGAAUGCCAAUGCUUUUUGUAUGGGCAACACUCCUAAAGCGGACAGCGCCGGCAAAAUCCCUGCCGGAUUUAUUCAAUCAGCUCAUUUUGUCGCCACCGAUGAGUAUGUGCAAGUAACGGGUCAAAUUGAUCCCAAGAAGGCCAAUCUGGACCCCAAAGAUGACGGUGGUCAAUAUGACAUCAAAGCUCCCGACGGUUCAUCGUGUGCUGGCUGGGACUAUUAUGUCAAUCUAAUUGAACCUUCCGGUAACACCUACUGUAUUCGUUGCUGUAAUGACAGCCAUAACUGUAACCGUGGUAUUUCCGAAAAGGGUUGUGCUCACAUCAUUCCUGGUGAUUACAGUGGUCCCAUGGAUGGUUCGGGCUCUGGCACCUCGACCAACGAAGGUGAUGACUCGGAUAAGGACGACAAUUCUUCUACUCCUUCCUCCACCACAUCGAGUGCGGCACCCACCAGCACGCCCCCCAAAGAUGACGAUUCUUCAAGCAGCAGCAGCAGCGACAACGACAGCAGCAGCACUUCCAAAAAGGACAAUGAACAUCCUACCGGCAGCACUACCCAGGAUGGUUCUUCCACUCAGCCUACCGCUGAUUCUUCAUCUGAUUCAUCGGACAGCAACAGUGGAAAUGACGGUAACAACGGUCAAGGUAACGGCAGCGCUACUGGCAACGAUAAUGGCAACGGCAAUGACAGCAAUAAUGGCACUGGCAGCUCUGGCGAUUCAUCCGGUCAGCAAGAUGGUUCCGGCAACAGUAACCCUUCUCAACCUGAUACUCCUGCCACUGCUGAUCCAUCUACUAAUGCCCAACCUUCCGACAGCACCGGUCAAGGUGGCGUUGCUCCCGGUGUUAGCUCAAGUUCUUCUGUACCCGCCAUGCCGUCUUCGUCACCCGCCUCCUCCGCUGACCCCAAUGCCAAUUCUAGCCCCAGCUCCAACACGAAUCCCAGCAGCAGUGACUCUGCUCCCGCGGGCGAUGACUCUGUCACAACGCAAUCGGUCGAUAAUGCCGGCGCUCUCUUGGGUCCCAAUGUCUUGGCAUUUGCUGCUGUGUUGAUUACCUUGGGUUUCUCCAUGUAA